GCAUAAGUUAAUAAUAGGAUUUGAGUACAUACAUACAUAGUGAAGAGAAUGACACAUCGAUCGAUAUUUAAGCUAUAAACAUUUUAGCUGGAGGGAGAUAUGUGCAUAGGCUGUCAUAUGAUCAAUCGUACACGUUUAUACAUAUAUUACAAUAAUCGUAAUAGUACAAAGAAACAGAAGAAUUGUUACUGUUGGAAUAGCAUUAUCUGUUAAGUAAGUUUAUAAAAAGGCUUAACAAAAUUUAACCAUGAUAAAAAUUGAUUGUAGGAGAGUCGUUAUAUUAGAAUGUGUCAAGAUAGUUUAUUUACUUCAAGUAUAUUCUACUUUAUCAGCAGUAAUUCAUUCAAUCAUAUCUCUUGCAUCAACAAGUAUCGAUAGCUAGCUUACAUGUAUUUUAAACACAAAUCAAUAUUCUAAAUAACUUCUUGAUUGAUUGGUUAAAAUCAUGAUUAUGUUUUACUGAAGAAAAGCGUCAUGUGGAUUGAGUUAUAAAAUAGUUUGCACGCUUGCGGUUAUACUGUGAUAUUCUCGAUUUUAAAUGAAGCAAUUCACAUUAACAUUUGAUUAAAGAUUGAUUGUAUGAAAAUUUUAACUCAACUUGUGAAAAGUAUAAUUGAAGUUGAAUGUUAAUUUGUUGGAGAAAAGUUAAACCAGUUUGGUUUUCUAAAAUUGCGUUAAUUAUUGCUAUUUCGGGAUUUCCUCCAGUAUAUAUAGCAUCUGUAUAUUACGAGCAUGUAAAUGGUUUAUUCCCAUUAAUUAGUGCAUUUGGAGUUUUCCCACCAGAAAAACAUUGGUUUCAAGUGCUGAUGAUUAGCUAUGCUCUAUUCAAUAUGGCAGGAAACUGUUUUUGGUUCGUGAUAGCUAGACGUAAAAUUGUAAUUAUGACCAAAUCUCUUAUUCCUCAUUUAAUCAACUCAUUUAUCAGACUAUUAAUGAUCAUUUCUGGAUUGUGUUUAAUCGGUCUAUCGAUUUUCGAUAAAUCCAUAUUUUUAACAACCUACAGAUGGAAAACUAUGGAGGAAUACAUUUUCUGAUGACAGUUGGGAACUUUAUAUGUCAUGGUAUGUCAAUUUUGUUGGGAUGUUACCUAAUGGCUAAAUAUUUUGAGAAACCAUUCUGGUUUUGCUAUUUUCGACUUACACUUAUUGUGAAAAUGCUGAUCAGUACAAUAUCAUAUGUUUAUUUCAAUGUAAUUGGGCUUCCCUUAUUGAGUACAUUGAAUGUUUAUCGAAUGAAACCAACUGACGGUGUAAGUUUCCACUUUGUAAAUAUUAUGGAUGAACAUGUUUUGAAUUUUGAGUGAAUUCACACUAUCGGUUAGUGUGGAUUGGUUGUGCCUAGAAAGAUAAUUUCUGCAGUCGUACAAACUCAACCGAGCUUGAUUAAAUGAAAAUAAGCUGUGUUAAGAAAGAUAGAGAGUGGUAUCCUUUAUUGAUAGAUAUGGAAGCACUAUACGGAUUUAAUAACUUUUACAAGAAGAAUGUUGGAACGUAUGUGAGAAAGUAUUUUGUGCUUUAACUAAUAUUUUAUUCAUUUUGUCAACGUGUUUAGGGUUAUUGGGAAUUCCUUUAUUGUGCGAUUGCUGAGUGGGUACUGGUUCUUGCGUGUCUUCUAUUCACUCUAGUCAUUGCUCUGGAAACACAAACAUAUGAAGACGUUUUAGCACCGAAUAAAACCAGAAAUAUUACCACAAUACAACUUAUGAAACAAGUUUAAAAUAUGUCAAUUGUUUCGAGCGACAUCUUGUACUCACUAAUCUUUAAAUCAAAUUGAUGAAUAUAUUGAUGAAUAACGAGUCGAUCAUUUCUUUAUGAACUAACUGGUGAGAAAAUCGAAAACUUGGUUCUUAAUUUGUUUUGAAAGUCAGUUGGGGAAACAUUUAAAUCGGAUGUAAUUUGAUUUUCGCUUACAUCAGUUGAAAUUUUGAUUCUCAUUUGGAAAUACCAUGGUUGCAUGCGUUUCCAGAUUUAGGAAACAAUCUUCGAGGAAUUCGAAGUUACUCUGAAUCAUCCAAUGUUCUCUGUUUUAUCAGAAAUCUGAGUUGGAAAAUCAAAACCUGUGGUAUAUGUUUGUUCUAUGGAACAACGGAUAACUUUCAAGUGGGUUUUUGGAAGAGUAUCGAUACAUUGUGAUAUAUCCACAAUGAUUUAACUGAAUAAAUUGAAAGCAGUGAUAAGUGACCGAAUGGUUUGUCAAAUGCCAGAUUUAACUGUGAAACAGAUUACAUAAAUGAUAACAGUAAUUUACAAUUACAAACAUUUUAUUAGUUGACUAGUGCAGUAGUGGCAAUAGUAUAAAUAAUAAAUAGCUUGAUAACAUGAGCAAAUAUUCCUACGUAGGAUGUAAGUAAAAGUCGAAAAACAAACUUUUUAGAAUGAUAAUCAGUAAAUUUAAAGCAUUAAGAAGUGUGUGAAUAAUCAUUUCGAAUAUCUUGAAAAGAAAGAAGUUAUGUAAAAAGGAUCAAGGGAAAAGAAAUUGAUUUGGAAAAUAUGGUGAGAUCAUCUUGUACACUUCCUCUGACUGAAAAACGGCAACAGGUAUCGAUAACUUCUUAGGUAAAGAAAGACUAUAGUUGUUUGUUAAAAUUUCUGGUGUAUGUGCAAGAUGAAGUGAAACCACAUUUAGGAAAUUGAAAUGCGUUAUUUGAAUCAUUCAAAGUUGUUAAUUCUAUUUACAACAUACCUACUAUCAACCUAGUGUUAUAGAGCAGAGAGGUGUAUUGAUUAUGUCUAACACUUGCCAAACCUUAAAUACGAGUCAGUUAUUCAAAAUAAGUCGGUCGAAAAUACCAGAUCAAAAUGAAAUUGAAUAUUAACUAAAGACACAUUGUCUAAAUCUAACUAGUUUUAGAUGCCAAAAUAUUUAUUCAGCAGGUCAACUUGAUUCUCAGCUUCGCUAUGUGAAAUAGAUGAGUGAGAGAGCGUGACUGGGGUAAUAAAAAUGACGAAUUAUGACUCGAUUAAAAAAAUUACAGUAUUUGUUGAAAGUGGGCUUUUCACUGAACUUUUAUAGUGCUGAGUAUUUCAUUGGUCGUGGAGGAAAAC